GACAUAAUUACCAAAGUGCCCUUAUGAACAAUACGUCAAUAUAAGCGCUGACUUAAAAACCCUAAACCCACUUCUUCGCUGUCUCUUUUCGUUUCUCCAUUCUCGGCAACUCAGCAGACCGAAACAGAACUUAGGUUUUCGUGGGUGCUAAGUUGGAUUCUUGGUUUUGUUUACUGUAACUUUAACUUUAACGCUAAUGGCCUCCUGUGAAAAACGCACAAAUGGUUGUCUUUUAGCCUUCUUAUUUAUGCUAUGAACUGAAGAUGUAAUUUUAUGAACUGGGGAUUUAAAAAUAAGUGGCUAUAUAUAUGUAUAUAUAAUGGAUUCAUUUUAAAAACUCCUAAAUGUUGAAUUUUAACUGUUUUUUUUUUAUGGUUAUGAAUUGAAGAGGUAAUUUUAUGAAUGGGGCAUUAGGAAAGGAGUGGUUUUUCUUCAUGUUCGGGCCUUUAUUAUUAUGAUUAUUUGGUUUGAAGUUUGAUUAUGUCGUUGAUAGUAAUUUUAUGGUGAUAGUGUUUUAGGUCUGUUUUUCUUGAGGGUUGAGACAUGCUUGUGUUGUUCGAGACUCCGGCAGGAUUUGCCCUUUUCAAAGUCUUAGAUGAAGGGAAGUUGAAUAAAGUUGAGGACUUGUCAAAGGAAUUCUUGGCUCCUGACUCUGCCAGAAAGGUUGUGUCGUUGAAAGCCUUUUCCAAGUUUGAAAACACUGCAGAAGCUUUGGAAGCUGCAACCAAACUACUUGAAAGUGCACCCAGUAAAGGCCUGCGCAAGUUUUUGCGUGCGCAUUGUGAUGGUGAAACACUUGGAGUGGCUGAUUCAAAGCUUGGAAAUGCAAUUAAGGAAAAACUGAAAAUUGAUUGUGUUCACAAUAAUGCUGUUAUGGAGUUGCUGAGAGGUGUGAGAACUCAGUUGACAGAACUCAUAUCUGGUCUAGGUGCUCAAGAUUUAGCUCCGAUGAGUUUGGGUCUUUCACAUAGCCUUUCUAGAUACAAGCUAAAGUUCAGUGCUGAUAAGGUUGAUACAAUGAUUGUUCAAGCCAUUGGUUUGCUUGAUGACCUUGAUAAAGAGCUCAACACAUAUGCAAUGAGGGUUCGUGAAUGGUAUGGUUGGCAUUUUCCAGAGCUUACCAAGAUCAUACAAGACAAUAUCAUGUAUGCCAAGGCAGUAAAACUAAUGGGUGACCGUGCUAAUGCUGCUAAGCUCGACUUCUCAGAGGUAUUACCAGAAGAGUUUGAGACAGAAUUAAAGGAGGCAGCAGUCAUAUCCAUGGGGACUGAAAUUAGUGACCUUGAUCUGACAAAUAUCAAAGAUUUAUGUGAUCAGGUUCUCAAUCUUUCUGAAUACCGAGCUCAGCUAUAUGAUUAUUUAAAGAGCAGGAUGAACACUGUUGCACCAAACUUGACUGCUCUUGUCGGUGAACUUGUUGGUGCUCGUCUCAUUGCUCAUGGUGGCAGCUUAAUAAAUCUUGCCAAACAGCCUGGUAGUACUGUUCAGAUUCUAGGUGCGGAGAAGGCUCUCUUCAGAGCUCUCAAGACAAAGCAUUCGACUCCCAAAUACGGACUCAUCUACCAUGCAUCCUUGGUUGGUCAGGCAGCUCCAAAACACAAGGGGAAGAUUUCCAGGUCCCUUGCUGCAAAGGCUGCAUUGGCAAUUCGUUGUGAUGCACUUGGAGACGACCAAGAUAACUCUAUGGGACUUGAGAACCGAGCCAAGCUUGAAGCAAGAUUAAGGGCUCUUGAAGGCAAAGAACUGGGACGUUCUGCCGGGUCGGCUAAAGGCAAGCCUAAGAUAGAAGUCUAUGACAAGGAUCGGAAGAAGGGAGCUGGGUUGAUUACUCCUGCUAAGACAUACAAUCCUGCAGCAGAUUCUGUUCUCAGUCAAAUAACAAACACCGCUGCACUUAAUGAACAAGACACAGUCCCGAAGAAGAAGAAGGUUGAGGCCGAACCUCCACAGAUGGAGAAAGCAGCUGAGCUACCUGCAAUUGAAGCUAAGAAAGAGAAGAAGAAAAAGAAGAAAGCUGAUAAGGAAGCAGGUUUGCCAACUAAUGAAAAUGAACCUGAAAGCGAAGAACCUAUGGAGAAGGAAAAGAAGAAACAUCAGACCAAGGAUGUAGAGAAUGCUGAAGUAGGAGAGAAGAAAAAGAAAAAGAGAAAGCACGAAGAACAAGAAGAUAAAGAAUCUGAAGUGCAGACCAAGAAAGAGAAAAAGAAGAAGAAGAAGAAGACUGAAGAUUGAGAAAAAUCAAAGGCCUUACGUGGUGAUUGACUACCAGACAAAUUUUGGGUAAGAAAAUAGAAUAGAACUUAUGCUUGUAAAAUGUGGUAUUUUGUUGGGUUAAUCAUCUGGGAAUAUCAAAACAAUUUUUUGUUAUCCUUUUAAUUUGAGUUUAAUAUCUUCUUGCAAUGAUAUGGAAAUGGUAACCAAGAGCCUCCAUUGGUUACUCUUGAAGGAAUGAGAUGUUUAGCUUACCACUUUUUUUUCUUGUGUACUGUAAAAGACACUUGUGAUGUUUGGAGUACAAAUUUCAGAAUGUUCAAUUCCUUUCAA